AUGCCGGCAAAAAAGAGCCAAAAACAAGGAACCAUUGAUCUGUCACGAACGCGUCGUAGUGCGACCAAGGAGGGAACAAAGAAUAAAAAGCCCUUACUCGAUGACAAUGUCAUACAAAUAGGUGAAAAGGAUAGAGAAACCUUGCUACCGAAGAAUAACGGCACGCCAAUACAUCAAGAGCAUCUUACAGAAACCAACAAGUUACUACGAGCCUUUGAUUUAGAUUAUACAUAUGGACCUUGUAUCGGCAUCAGCAGACUCGAAAGAUGGGAACGAGCUGAGAAACUAAACCUGAACCCGCCUCCAAUCAUCAAGGACAUCUUGACAAACGAUACGUCUGGAAAAUAUAAGCACUCUUUAUUUCAUGAAUACAGGGAUAUGAUGUAA